AUGGGCCACCCUGUAUUUUGGAUAGGACUAUGCUUUUUUAAAAAACGAUUUGCAAGACGAUUCCGACAAUUGGAGUUCCAAAUGCGAUUAAUUCCCUAUGGCAUCGGUUUGUAUUACAUUUCGAACGGUGUUUGUCGCCAUUUCGGUCCCUAUGUCUGCUAUGUUGGAUACAGCUUGAUGCUCCACUUCCUUGCUCACACCCUUUGGUCGCUUCUGAUAUCGUUUUCGUAUCGCUGCUACGUUCUAUAUCAUCCGUCUCCAAAAGGAUCAACGAUCGCGAUUAUUCUUCUAAUUGUAUACCAGCUUUCCUUUUUACAAGUGACGUCAUUUUUAUACGCCUACGAUGAUCCAAACGAAAUUCGCGAAAUUCUUCAUCAACUCUUCCCGAGCUACAAUUUGACCGGCUCGACGAUAAGCGGAACAAAAAAUAUUCUUUGCUUCUCUGCGCUGUAUACCAUUCUUCACAUGACACUUCCGAUAGCACCUGUCUACACCAUCAUCAUAUUGUUGCGAAAUAUAAUUAUCCGAAAAUUAUCUGUUGUUGGCGUGGAAAUGUCGGGAAGAGUCAAAGUGAUGCAUAAACAACUGCUAAUGGCGUUGACCUAUCAAGCCCUUGUUCCGAUGUUCUAUAGUGUUGCCGUGGCUUCUUACGCCUGUGGACAACUCGGAAUCAUGCAUCAUCCAGUUUUGGAAUACAUGACGUUCAGCUCGACUCUAUUGGUCCCUGUUCUAGCCCCAUUGUCUUCGCUGAUUUUCGUCUCUCCCUAUCGUCGAUUCAUACUGCUAAGCCAUUUAUUGAACACUACGGCGGCUGCUGUAGUCGCUGGCAGUACCCACAAAUCAUGGUUUUCCGAAGAAUCGAUCGAAGAAAUGAAGGAGAGUCUAGUAGAAGUGCUGUAUUCAGCACUGAAACCUGGCUCACUCAUAUCGUUGGGUGUGUAUUUGGUGGACAUGUGUUUCACCAUUUUCCAUUUUUUCAUUUCUCAUCGAAUAUCCGGCGAUUUCACCACAAUUUUCCUCGGCACCAUUUAUUUUCCGUGCAUUUUUCUCAAAAUCAAUUAUAUCGCUGAAUGGAUUUCGACGGCCUACUUUUUUCGUCAAAUCAACGAGACGAUCAAUCAGAUCUUCAAUAUGACCAUUAUUCUCGGCUGCCUCGCCUACAACAUCAUGUGCACGUUCGUCGCCAAAUACCAGAAGCCGGUGCCGAUCGCUGUGUCGCGAGCCGUGUUCAUUCCGAUUCUUCUGUUCACCUCGUUCCUUGUGAUUGCGCCGAAAAUCAUUCUCGUCGCCGUCUUCGACAAAUUCUUUCAAUUCGCCACUCAGCUUUUCGGCUCAACAUUUCUCAUUAUGCAGAUUUGUGUGAACAUCUACAAAUUUGCGAUAAGCAAGGAAUAUGUAGAAGCGAUGAAAAAAGACGAGAAAACCGCUGAAAAUCAAUCGGAAGUUGUUUCGAACGCGCGCGGACGAAUCGUUUGGGCUUCGGUUUUCUCAUUUGUUCUCGUCGUUUUGACAAUUCCACAAAUCGUGGACUAUCUGCAACCGUUGGAACCUUACUGGAUCACCUAUCACUUUCUGAUUCAAUCCAUUUCGCAACUCAAUUCUCUAUUUCUCUCCGUUGCAGUUUUCCUAAUUUUACCAACAUACAGAACCGCAGUAUUUGGGGGUUUGGCAAAAAUUGGGAAAUCGAAAAAGGCAUCAAUAUCGCCGUCGCGAACUGUCGAACCAUCAGUAAUUGAGGAACCCGAGAAGACCGAACAACCACGAGCGGAAAGUGAGAAAACUGCGGUGAAACCGAGAAUUGUGCAGAAGCCGACGAAAUUCGGACAACAUUUGGCGAGAGUUGGCGAAAUUCGAAUCUACAUGGCGCCUGUUCACCAAUUAAGAAUUGAUCCGAUUGUGCAGUAA